CCAUAUAAGAAGAAAGAAAAAAGGAUCACAAAAUUCCAGGGUAUUCUUUCUUUCUUUUUCUUCUUAAUUAUAGUUACUAUAUUUUGUUUUGUUUGUUAGUUUUAAUUCAACCCACUUCUUCCUUCCUCAAAACUCUCAUCUUCUUUCUCUCUCCUCCACUCUAAAAAAAAAAAAAAACCCUUUAAAUUCAUCUCUUCUUCUCAAACGAAAUUUCUCACUUCUGCAAAAAAUUCGAAGAAAUAAAAGUUGAAGAACGAACAAACGAAGAUGUUGCCUUCGUUAUCUUUAUCAUCUUCUUCAUCUUCAUCUUCAGCUACGAUUCGUGUUGAUAAAGCUACUAGCGAGCUUCUUGUUGCUCCUGAUUGGACUAUGAACAUCGAAAUUUGUGAUUUUUGUAAUUCUAAUCACUGGUUGGCUAAAGAUGUGGUGAAAGAAGUGAAAAGGAGGUUGCAAACAAAGAAUCCUAAAGUUCAAUUGCUUAGUUUAACGCUUUUGGAGACGAUGGUAAAGAAUUGUGGCGAGUACAUCCACUACCACAUUGCGGAGCGCAAAGUAUUGGAUGAAAUGAUCAAACUUGUAAAGAAAAAGGCAGACAUGCAUGUAAGAGACAAAAUUUUGGUACUUCUGGAUUCGUGGCAAGAAGCAUUUGGUGGUCCUGGUGGAAAAUAUUCUCAAUAUUUCUGGGCUUGUGAUGAACUGAGGCGUUCCGGCGUCAAUUUUCCCCAGCGCUCUCCCCGUUCAGCCCCAGUAAUUACACCACCUGUCUCCCGUCCAUCAAGAGCUCCUCAAGUUGGCUUUGGCAUGCCUGCAAAUUCUUCACGGAGGCUGGAUGAAGCCAUGAGCUCUGAAAUUGAGGGCUUGAGUGUUGCCACAUUGGAAUCUAUGCAAAAUGCGCUGGGUCUUCUGGAUGACAUGCUCGAAGCUGUCAAUCCUAAUGACCGCAUGUCUGUGAAAGAUGAAGUAAUUGUAGAUCUUGCUGACCGUUGUCGUGCCAAUCAGAAGAAGCUGAUGCAAAUGAUUACUACUACUACGGAUGAGGAGCUGCUUGCUCAAGGUCUUGAGAUGAAUGAUUCUUUGCAAAGCGUGCUUGCAAGGCAUGAUGGAAUAGCCUCUGGUUCCCCUCUACCAAAUCAUAAGAAGAACGUUAGUGUCCAACAAAGUGAAUUAUUAGAUUCCAAUGCCAAAUCUACUGAGGGAAUAGAAAAAACUUCUGCAGAGAACAACAAGUCUCCAGCAUCUGAUGCACCUCUUCUGAAGACUCCUGAAGAGGAAGAGGAAGAGGAUGAAUUUGCCCUGCUUGCCCGAAGGCACUCGAAGACACAAGGUGCAAACUCACAUAGUGCCGGGACAGGUUCUACUGAUGAUGCUGCCUCUUCCAGCGGGAGCAAUAAUGCAUUAGUACUAUUUGAUGCUCCUUCACCUGCACCAACAUCGACUAGUAAUACAAAAGAGCAGGACCUUAUUGACCUUUUGAGCAUUGUUCUGACAACAAGUCCAACUACAGCUGAAACCCCAGAAACUCCAAUUUCAGCUCCCGCACAUAAUGCAUUUGAGGCAUCUUUUAACAGUUAUGUUGUGCCAUGGGCUCAACCACAAUCACAGUCCCAGCAAAUGACACAGUCCAUGCCUCAGCUACAAACACAAUACCAGCCGAUGCAACCUCAGAUGCCAACACAAUCUCCUCAGGGUUAUGCUCAAUAUUCUUCUGCUUAUCCACCACCUCCAUGGGAGGCGACCUCUGGCUACAGCAACAACCAAAUGUCUGGCUAUAAUCCAUACCUAUAUCCGUCUUCUCAAGGAACUCUGAACACAUCUUCAGUGUCACCGCAAGGAGCCUGGUCAUCACCGAAUGUUUAUUCACAAUAUGGAAAUCAGCCAAUGUAUUCCACUCCUCAAGCUACUGGCAACUCUUCUCAAAUCCAAGGUAUCCGUUCACUGCAGCAAUCAAAUUCCUUCCAAAAUCCACCAUCUACAAACAAUAACAAUUUCUCAACUUCACAAGCAAUUAAUAAUUCAGCCUCUUUACCCAUGCAAGGGGGGCGAUCACUUCACCAUGUCAACUCAUUUCCUGCAAAGGUUGGAAACGGUAUAGCCAUGAAUGGUAACUCUACGCAGUUGAAUAAUGGCUCUACUGGUGUCCCUUCUUCAGGGCAGAAGCCGUUUAUUCCAUCUUACCGACUUUUCGAAGAUCUCAAUGUCUUGGGUGGCUCAGAAGGCAAGCUAAAAAAUAAUGGUCCUUAUUCGAGCGCAUCAGGAACCCGAAUAUGAUUGUUGGAACUUGGAAGUAGUAGUGUUCGAUUUCAAGUGUUCGUUUUACCUUGAAUUGGAUUACUCACGCAUACAUGUGAAUAGAUGUGUAUAUCUCUACACACUGGUCUUGUAAUUAUUCAGACAUCUUGUGAUGUUGUCUUGGGGGUGUGGUGUUGGUACUUCCAAUGAUUGAUGAUAGUAUCAAAUAAUUCAUCUUUGAUUGAUCACAAUCUUUUGUGGAGUGUUCAUUUUUGCAUGCUA